CAGCGGACCAGCCACCAGACUUAUCGGAAAUCGGAGAUUGGAGGCACUGGCUCAGCUGACAGCGACUGACAAGCUGUACGCCUACGCUUAUGAGACGUAGUAACUUUAAUGUUGUGAGAUCAACGACUGCUAUUUCGUAACGAAAAUGGAACCAGGAACAUUGGCGAGGGUGCUGCACGACUUCCUUACCACCGUUGAUGGAGAGCUGAGCCUUUCCAAAGGACAUUAUUUCUUGGUAUAUGAAAUUAUAGACAAGCAUUGGUGUUUUGGUCAAUCUCAAGACAGAGUCGGCAAGUUUCCUUUGAGUCACUUACAUAAAGUGGAACUCCCUGAGUUUGGUGAGACAGAAAGAUUAUUUAUCGCUGUAGCUGGCUUUCCUGGACAGGAAACUGGAGAUCUGUCCUUUGCGCAAGGAGAAAUUAUAAUUGGAACAAGAGAUAUAAGUCCAGGAUGGUGUAUGGGCAGGACAAGCUCCAAAAAUGGUAUUUUUCCAACAACACAUACAUGGGAACUAGAUACAACGUUGAUAAAGAAAACAUUAAAAAAGAAAUCAAUAAGAAGAAAAGCAAAGGUUAAAACAACACUGAAAGCGCAACUUGACGAAGAAUUGGACUUAAAUGCAGGAGAAGUUGUCAUUGUUACAGAAAUUUUAGAUGACGGCUGGUGUCGUGGAAUUACAGAAGAUGGUAGAGAAGGCAUAUUUCCAGAAGGAUUUAUAUCAUACAUAGGCAGAGAUCAAGAUCAAGUUGAUCAAAGGGAAACGACAUGCACAACACAGAAUAAUAUUGCAUCUUCCUCGACAUCUUACAAUAAUACAAUUUAUAAAGAUUUUGGUGAAACUUCUAUCACAAACUCUUACAUGAAUCUGCCUGAGGAACCUGCUCCAAGCUAUUUUGAUUUAUUCCCAGAGGCCUUAUCAACAAUCAGUAAUGCAAAAGACACACAGUGCAACACUUAUGCGAAUUUUAUCGAUGUUAAACCGUACGCCAUAACAUUAUAUCCAUUUAAUGCGCAGUUUCCAAACGAAUUGAGUUUUGGAGUGGGCGAAGUAGUACAUCUCACUAGACACAUUGAUUCUGAAUGGAUGGAGGGUAUGAUCGAUACUACUAAAGGCAUAUUUCCAUCGUCUUAUGUUAAUAUUAUAGUUGAUUGUGCAGAAAUCAAGCAGACUCAAGUUCAGUCUGAAGUUAUGCCUGCAAAAAAAGAUGCUCUAGAACCGGGCGUUACUGUAAAAGUACUGUUUACUUUUGACGCGCAAAUGGAUGGUGAUUUGAGUGUUCACGAAAAUGAAAUUGUCACUGUGGUAGAAAUGGCUAAUGAAGAUUGGGUUAAUGUGAAGAACAAAAGUGGCUUAAUCGGUUUAUGUCCACGAGAAUAUUUAAGCUCAAUGUCUGUACAUUCAUCAGAUGAUCUGCAGGAAUCGAACUUGGAAGAAUUCGAAGAUUUUGUUUUAAUUAGACACAAAGAAACGGACGAUGUUGUAAAUGAGGAACAAAAGCCGAAGAGAAUGUCGCAACCGCACAGACCAGCACCGCCAGCUCCAGCUCCAGGUAGAAUGCCAUUACAGAAGGAAGCUAUUGCAAAUGUAGAAGUGUCUGCUCAAGAAAACCUAUCUACAAUUAAUAAUACAAUCGAUAUAAAACAAAAACGUGCAGAUCAACGACAAAAUGUAAUAUCGGAAUUGGUUAUAACAGAGAAAGAAUAUGUUCGCGAUUUAAAAUUAACAUAUGAAACGUUUAAUUUGCAUGAUCCAAGUUUUCUCGGAUUGAAAGGCAUUGAUGUUGCAACCUUGUUUGGGAAUAUUUUGGAAGUUAUUCAUGUUGCCGAAGAGUUAUUGGAUAUGAUUUUGAAAGCUAUGAAAGAUUGCGAUGAAAACUUGCAAACAGUUGGACCUUGUUUUGUGAAGAUGUCCGAAAAAUUAAAAAAUGUUUAUGUUAAAUAUUGUGGAAAUCAUGAAGCAGCAUUAGCUUUGUUAAAAAAGUAUGAAAAUAAUGAAGAAAUCAUGAAAGUAUUUAACAAAGGUAUUGAGACAUUGCGCCAUCAAGUUGCUUGCUUUGAUAUGAGCUCUAUUCUGAUAAAACCAGUUCAAAGAAUUUUGAAAUAUCCAUUAAUGUUAUAUGAAUUAAUAAAGUGUACAGAAGAUAAUCAUCCAGAUAAAGCAGCUAUAGAAGAAGCAUGGAAAGCUAUGACAAAUGUAGCCAGUUAUAUCAAUGAAUAUAAACGCAGAAGAGAUAUUGUGUCAAAAUAUUUAGAAAAUGAUAAUACUUUAAUUAGCAAAAUGUCGAAAUUAAAUAUGCACUCUGUAGCGAAAAUGUCUACAAGACUAAGCACAAGAUUGUCGGCGAGUCUGGGAUUGACAAAUAUUGCGAGCGAUUCCGAGUUUGAGGAGCUUGAAAAGCAGUUUCGAUCUAUAGAAAAAUGUACAUGGCAAUUAAUUAAAGAUAUUGAACAAUGUACCGCAUAUUUGAGCGAUGAAGCUAUAUCCGGUGAAGUCAUAGCCGAAUUCUUGGUACAUUAUUAUCAAGAAACUCCGACUGUCGAGGUGAAAAAACUCCAAAACAUAAGAUCCAUAAUUUGGUCUCAAUAUAUCCAGGAAUUUAAAUCCUGUAUCGAAAAAAGAGUCAGCGCACCGCUGCAUUCCUUAGCGACGCUAUUAGAAGGACCGACUAUGUUGGUAGCGAAGAGACACGAUAAGCUACUGGAUUAUGAUGCUGCUAUUUCUAAGAGUGAGAAAAAUAAAGAAUCAAAAAUUAUACAAGAGGAAUUAUUUACUGCUAAGAAUAAUUACGAAGCAUUGAAUCAACAAUUGCUCGAGGAGUUACCCAUAUUAUUGGACGCGGCGACGAAUAUUUUAGUUAAUUGCAUAAAUACUUUCGCAAGCGCGCGAAAGUUAUUAAAUGGAAAAAUUACAAAGCAAUAUCUGACUCUUUGCGAGACAUCGCCGCAUCUAUCGUCGCAAGAUGUGCUGGAAUCAUUUCUCGUAAAUCAUAAUUUAAUAUGGAAUCAAAUAACGCGUUUCGUAUUUGUUGGCACGAAUCCUCAAAUAGAUGAGGUUCAAUCGCAAUUUUGUGAGCAAACGGAACAGCAGAAAUUUCUGCUUAGAGAGAAAUAUACGAUGGACAAAUUGUAUGUAGUGAUUGAGGACAUUGUCAGUAGCUCCACGCUCGACGUAAGUGCAGCGAGAGGUACAUUAAUCGCAGUUAUAAAGAAACAGGAUCCAAUGGGAAAUGCGGCAAGAUGGUAUGUCGAUACUGGAGUCACUCAAGGAUUUCUACCCUCUCAAAAAUUGAGACCGGUUCAGCGGCAAAAUCAGCACUAUGAUCAAAAUGUGAUGGAUAUCGCUGCUACUGGAAGAAAGAGCUCCAGUCCUCCAAAUUUAAUGUCGCUAGAUUCUCCAGAGAAAGAGAUCAAGAAAGCGUCUCAAUCGCACCUGCAAGAUUUGCUCUCGUUAGAACAAGAAUCAAAAAUAAAUCAUAAUUAUGACAACGUGCCAGAAAGGCCGAGAGUUCAAGUUUAUCAAAAUAUAUAUAGCGAAUUUUACUACGCGAUGUACGAUUUUGCUGGAAACAUGCCGGGCACGUUACCCAUUACUAACGGCCAAGCCCUUCGACUCCUUAGACAUCAUGAUGAGAAAGGAAAUGACGAAUGGUGGCUUGUAGAGAAUCGCGACGGUAAACAAGGUUACGUCCCGCGGACUUAUUUAAGAGCUCGUGGAUUAAAUCAAAGCCAUAAUGAUGAAAUAAAAUAAAAUUAGGCCACACGUUUUACAUUUAUAAUAUUAUAUUAGUUUUUCAUUGUAAAAUCAUGAUAAUUGAUCUAAGGAUCUAAGGAUCUGAGGAAUUGAUUAUAUAAUACUGAUCUGUCAUUAUUUGAGAAUUUUGUUUUAUAAGAAAAUAUAUAUUAGUAACGAGCUCGUUUUAAUAAUAGUUUACAAAAUCUUUUUAUAUAAUUGAAGUUUACAAAAAGAAACUAUUUCAGCAUGAUUAAGUCUCGAAUUAAAAAAAAAAGGUUGAUCUAUUAGGAUAUAAUCAUAGAAAUACUCAAGAUAACUGACUUUCUUAAAUUUGUUGUUAAUAUUUAAAUUUGCACUCGCUUAAAGGAUUUAUACAUUUUUAAAAAUUUUUACAUACUCGACAGAGUUCAAUAUUAUUAUGUAAUUGUUAUGUGUAUAUAAAUGUACAUAAUGCUUUAUCGAAAAAAUAUUUUCUUCAUUGAUAGUUAAAUUAUUUUCAAUUGUAUAAGCUUAAUUAGCUUUAUAAGCUGAUAUUAUAGUACAGAAAGUUGCACAUUUAUUCUUAAAACAAAAUCAUGUCUCAAUGGAACAUUUCUACAACUUUUAAUAUAUAUAACUUGCCUAUACACAUGAGAUAUAUACAUAUAUUGUGAUCAUUUCAUUCAUAUAUAUUUUUAUACUUCAUUAUCAUAUUUCUAUUAUUUAAUUGUAUUGAUUUUUUAUAUGUAUUAUUCUAAUGUAUAUUUGUUAAUAUGUUAAAUUUUUCAAAAACUGUUAUUUUUAAUUUACGAUAAAGAGAUUAAUAAAAAUGUUACAACAAAGAAAAUAAGUCAAUUUUUUAAUUAAGAUUAACUACUUAAUGUUUUCUAGCUUGUUGGCAUCAUUAUUAGUUAUUAAUAAAAUAUAUUUAUGAUUUCUGCAAAAUAAUUAAUAUUUAUUAUUCAUGGAAUCCAUUCAUGAAGAAUAAAUUAUUAAUCAUACUACUUCUUUUGAAAUUGUUCUAAAGUAAACUAAACAAUUAGUAUCACAAUGAGCGCCAUAUUUUAACUAUAAUCUCUUAAUUAUGGUUUGUGAUUUUUAAUUAACAUUCUGUUAUCAAAUCUAUAAGCAACAGUUUAAGUUACGUAUGCGAGAGACCUGAAAUAUUCAAUACAAAUUAGUAUACUUUGUUAAAAGAACACAAGUUAUUUAAAAAAGAAAAGAUAAUAUAUAUUGACUAUAUUAUUACUAUAAUAUAAUGCAUUUACAAUCAACAGUAGAUACAAUAAUGUAACACGGGAUACGUGUACUAUGAUAUUAAACUGUCGCCUAAACAUAUACGAUACAAAAUAAGGGAAGAUACGUU